UCAUCGCCUCCUCCUCAGGCCGCCCUGGGCAGGACCGGGUGGACUUCGGCCAGGCUGAGCCGCACACAGUGCUUUUCCACGAGCCAGGCAGCUCCUCCGUGUGGGUGGGUGGACGCGGCAAGGUGUACCUCUUCGACUUCCCCGAGGGCAGGAACGCCUCUGUGCGCACGGUGAACAUCGGCUCCCAGAAGGGCCCCUGCUUGGACAAGUGGGACUGCGACAACUACAUCACGCUGCUGCAGAGGCAGGCCGACGGGCUGCUGGUGUGUGGCACCAACGCCCGCCGUCCCAGCUGCUGGAACCUGGUCAAUGGCUCUGUGGUGCCUCUCGGCGAGAUGAGAGGCUAUGCUCCCUUCAGCCCAGAGGAGAACUCCCUGGUUCUGUUUGAAGGGGACGAGGUGUACUCCACCAUCCGGAAGCAGGAGUACAACGGGAAGAUCCCCCGGUUCCGCCGCAUCCGGGGCGAGAGCGAGCUGUACACCAGCGACACUGUGAUGCAGAACCCACAGUUCAUCAAGGCCACUGUCGUGCACCAGGACCAGGCCUACGAUGACAAGAUCUACUACUUCUUCCGAGAGGACAAUCCCGACAAGAAUCCCGAGGCCCCUCUCAAUGUGUCCCGCGUGGCGCAGCUGUGCAGGGGGGACCAGGGUGGCGAGAGCUCGCUGUCGGUCUCCAAGUGGAACACCUUCCUGAAGGCCAUGCUGGUGUGCAGUGACAGUGCCAGCAACAAGAACUUCAACCGGCUGCAGGACGUCUUCCUGCUGCCCGACCCCAGCGGCCAGUGGAGGGACACCAGGGUCUAUGGCGUGUUCUCCAACCCCUGUGGGAAUCAGGGACUUGGGUCCUACAGAGGGCAUGGCAGGAGCAGGGACUACACGCUCAGGGACAGGGCUGUGGCUGGGCCUGGGCAGGGGACAUGCCUCCCAGAUCAGCAGCCCAUACCCACGGAGACCUUCCAGGUGGCUGAUAGUCACCCCGAGGUGGCGCAGAGGGUGGAACCUGUAGGGCCACUGAAGACACCGUUGUUCCACUCCAAGUAUCACUACCAGAAAGUGGUCGUCCACCGCAUGCAGGCCAGCCAUGGGGAGACCUUCCAUGUGCUCUACCUAACCACAGACAGGGGCACCAUCCACAAGGUGGUGGAGUCGGGGGACCGGGACCGCGACGCCUUUAACGUCAUGGAGAUCCAGCCCUUCAGCCGGGCAGCCGCCAUCCAGGCUCUGUCGCUGGACGCCGACCGGCGGAAGCUGUACGUGAGCUCUCAGUGGGAGGUCAGCCAGGUGCCCCUUCGGGGCGAGGUCUGUGGCGGGGCCUGCCACGGCUGCCUCAUGUCGCGAGACCCCUACUGCGGCUGGGACCAGGGCCACUGCGUCUCCAUCUACGGCUCCCAUCGCUCGAGGCCGGUGCUGCAGUCCAUCAACCCAGACGAGCCCCACAAGGAGUGCCCCAACCCCAAACCAGACGAGGCUCCGCUGCAGAAGGUGUCGCUGGCCCGGAACUCUCGCUACUACCUGAGCUGCCCCGUGGAGUCCCGCCACGCCACCUACUCCUGGCGCCACGAGGAGAGCGUGGAGCAGAGCUGCGAGCCCGGCCACCAGAGCCCCAGCUGCAUCCUGUUCAUCGAGAACCUCACGGCCCGCCAGUACGGCCACUACCGCUGCGAGGCCCAGGAGGGCUCCUACCUCCGCGAGGCCCAGCACUGGCAGCUGCUGCCCGAGGACAGCGCCCUGGCUGAGCACCUGCUGGGCCGCGCCGGCACUCUGGCCGCCUUCCUCUGGCUGGGGGUCCUGCCCACGCUCGCUCUCGGCCUGCUGGUCCACUAGGGCCUCCCGAGCCGGGCCUGCCGUGGGCCCUGCGGCCAGGGCAACUGGGAGGUCUCGAUUGGAACCGGCUGGCCCGGGGGCUCCUUGCUGCUGCUGCUUCCAGGGGGACAGACCACGGGCCAGGCCUGGAGAUGUCCAGCCGCGGGCGGCUGCUGGGCCCUGGGGCCUGGGGGCAGUGGGGGCCAGAGAAUGAGGGCUAGGGAGCCAGCGUGGAGCUGGGGCAUCAGUGAGCCAAGACUUGCCCUUCUGGAGAAUAUUUUUCAAAAACUCUUCCUCGAACUUGACUGAGUGCAGUGAAGCUCCUGGCCCGAGAGCCCGUGGGCUGGGAGUGGGGUUUGGAAGGGGGAACUGAGGCCUCGUCCCUGGCGUCUGGGGCUGAGGCCUGAGUCCUCAUGGACUCCACACCCAAAUCGCCUCCUUCUGCCUCCCUCGCCCGGGCCGCGAGUGGCUGGUGUCCCUGCAGACCUGGGGCCGCCCUUCCUGCGACCUCACCUGCCCCGGGUCCCCCGGACAGCCGCCUUGCAUGUUUAUCGAAGGAUGUUUGCUUUCCGGACGGAAGGACGGAAAAAGCUCUAUUUUUAUGUUAGGCUUAUUUCAUGUAUAGCUACUUCCGACUGCAUCUGUAUGAAAAUACCAAAACUACAUGCUGGGGUGGGGGGAGAGGGGGGCUGGGAAGGGAGGGGUUGGGAGGGUGGGUCCCAGUGCGGGGCUCCGGGGUGGGUGAGAGUCCAGAGAGGACGUGGGUUCGUGGAGAGAGGCAUGAGCUGGCUCUGCCCUGAGAGCCCAGUCCGCGGGGUCCUCGCCGGCGUCAGUAAGGCGGGGUGGCGAGGGAGACGGGAAGGACACGGAGCCCUAGUUUCACCGCGAUCAUUUCGAAGGAGGAGCCGGGUCCUCGGGGGGAGGUUCCAGGACUCAGCCCUUGGCGUUGGGGGUUGGGGGGCAGGGGGGUCUCCUCCCUUCCCUUCAGCCCCCUUCGCCAGGGGCUGUGCUUCCAUGCUCCUGGCCUCCCACCUUCAGCUCAGGACAUGCGCUAUAACUUAGGCUAAACUGUGAAAAUUUGGGUGGGGGCCGCCUCCCCAGCCCUGUCCGUGGAUUUCAGCAGAGAGCCGGGCCCUCCUCUGGCCGUGUCUGGCCUCUGGGGCAGGGCCCGGGGCCAGCGGCCUUCCAGCUUCGGCCCCUGCCUCUCUUAUGCACUUUAAUAAUGUAACAUAUUACUAAUAAACGAGCUAUUUAUUUA